AUGGCUGGCCGGAGGCAGAGCGAGCUGGCGGCCCGGGCUGACGGCGUGGGCUGGAGGCGGCGCGUCCUGGCGGCGUUAGCUGGAGGAGACGGCGCGAGGAGGCGACGCUCGCUUGCUGCCGUCGCAGCGCGAGAAGGCAGGUCGCUGGCCUGUCCAGGCGUGGAGGAGGAGCAGCGCCGGCCUCCCCAUUCCUUCUCGCCGGUGGUAGUUUUCAGCUCUUCGACCCACCAUCCUCUUUCCCGUCCCCAACACACGCACCAUCCCCUUACCCGUCCCCAACACACGCACACACAACUCGCCCCCCUCACCCAAAUCCCAAAUCGAUCCACCACCGCGCAUCCUCUCGUUCCAUCGCCCUCCGUCGCCCUCGAUCCAUCGCCCUCCGUCGCCGUCGCCCUCGAUCCAUCACCGUCGCCGUCGCCCUCGAUCCAUCGCCGUCCGUCGCCGUCCAUCGCCCUCCGUCGCCCUCGAUCCGGCAGCGACGCCGCCCCAAUCAGCACCCACCCCACCGAGGAGGAGGAGGUGACGGUGGAGAGGACGACGGAGGAGGAGGAGGCCAGGCUCAGGUACCUCGAGUUCGUGCAGCAGGCGGCCACGCAGGCGGUGGUUCUGGCCGCCGCGGCCUACGCCUACGCCAAGCAGGACACGGGGCCGCACCGCCCGGGCGUCGACCACGUCGAGGGGACCGUCAAGGCCGUCGUCGGCCCCGUCUACGACCGCUACCACGCCGUGCCGCUCGACCUCCUCAAGUUCCUCGACCGCAAGGAUGAAACAACUACUCUGGAUCCAAUGACCGAUGGAGUGUGAUUCCUCUAUGCCUUUACAUGAAAUAUAUAUAACAGAUCUUAACAAUGACCAAAGUAUGAGUUUCACAGGUGGCGUCAGCAGACGGCGUUGACUCCGGUGACCGGCCGCUGCAACAUAUGCCUGCGUUGGGCGUGGUCGGUGGCUGGUAUGCGAUACUAGCCAUGACUGUCGCGGUUGUUCCAUGUGACAGUAUUCUUGGUAUAUAUUUUUGUAUUGAGGAUUCUUGUAUAUUCUUGUGUGUAUUCAAACAAUUGAAAAUGCGUGUAAUGGGUACACCUAGUUUUUGUGAAUAUUCUUGUAUAUAUUGUGUAUAUUCUGCA